GUGCCCUCAAGCGUGGCGGCCGAAACUCAACCACCACACCUUGACAGGGAGCAGGGUGGCAGAUUGCUGUGAGAAGUCCUGUGAGCUCUUCACAUGCACUGGAGUCUACCGUUCUAACGAGGCCUACUGGGGCAACGUUGGGGACUCCCCUCAGGUGUGCUGCGACAAAAUGUGCGGGUCCGAUUUCGAGUGUGACCGGGGAUAUGUUUUGGCUGACGCAACAGCCGCCGGCGUAACCAAAGAGGACUGCUGCAAGCCCAAGUGCGAGCUGUUCACUUGCACAGCACCUUGGGCACCGAGCGCUGCGAAGAAGGAUGUGGUCUCCAGCACCGCAGAGGAUUGCUGUGACCAAACCUGUGCAGCAGUGAACUGCUCUGUCCCGGGUUGGACAGCGAAUGAGAGCAAAGCUCUCAUUGUUGGCAACACUGUGGAGGAUUGCUGCGCACCACUGUGCGGCAACGCUGAAGAAAUCAAAUGCCCGCAAAACUUUGCUGUCAAGCCAGAAGACGAGAACAAGACGGGUGGCACAGAGGUGUGCUGCCACAAACAGUGCAAAGCCCACGAUUGCAGCCCGGGCUGGGCACCAGACGACUCCAAGGCAGAUGACUUUGCCGACUCGGAUGAGGCUUGCUGCGUGAAGACCUGCAAGCUGUUUGAGUGCCCGAAGAAAGAGGGUUGGGCAGCAAAUGAACUUGCGGCCAGCACUAUCGGCGACAACGAGACCGUGUGCUGCUCUCCUACAUGCAAGCAGUUCACUUGCAACGCCACGGAGGGCUGGCUGAAAGAUGGGACUGACAAAGACGAUGAAGUGGCAUCUGAAGCGGACAAGUGCUGCGUUCCUGCUUGCAGCAGGUAUGUAUGCAGCGCUGGCCACAUGCCAAUCCCGGAUGCUGCCACGGUUCCUGGAGCAAGCAACGAGGUUUGCUGUGAAAGCAAAAGAUGCGACACCGUGCGGAAGAACAUGACCAAGCUGGGCGACGACGAGUACUGCAACGGUCAAACGGAAGAGGACUGCGAGAAGAAGUUCAUAAAGUACACUAACAAGAGCGAGGUAAAGACCGCCAAGGGCAAGGUCAAAACUGUCAAAACGACUACCAUUGUGGCGUGCACCUACAACACCACCUACAACCUUUGCCGCUAUGACACGGCUCGACCAAUCAAGGGUGGCUGCAGUGGUGUCUGA